AUGGAUCCCAAUAACCCCUUUUACUCAAUACUUUCUCAAAAUUGUAAUGAUUUAGAUGAGAAUUUCAUGAAUCAACCUCAAUUUCAACUUUUCCUACAAAGAUUGAGCAACACCUCUCUGCAAAAUCCUCCACAACAACAAAUACCUCCACAACAACAAAUACCUCCACAAAUUCCAACUGAAAACACUGAUUACGAGCAAUCACCUCCUGUCUACCAAGGAAGUAACUCUCAGUACGAUGAUAGCCAAGAAGAAAAUGUGCUUGAGACACCUCAAUACCCGCCGUCGACUCAAAGAAUGUCGGUGGGUUCCAACCAACAACUCGCUAAAGCUAGUCGUAUUUGUGGAAAUGCGAUAGUGGGUACGGGCAUGAAAGCAGCUGAACUUUGGCGACAAAUAUCUGUGGCGUACGACAUGGUUCAAGCUAGGCAGCCAGAAAUACUACCACCUAGAAAUGCGAAGAGUUUGGAGAACCGUUGGAGAAGGAUGGCGACAGAUGUACUGUUAUGGACAAGUUGUUAUGAUGAAGCGGGUCCGUUAACUGGAAGUGGAUUCAACGAAGUUGAUCGAAUUCAAAAGGCCUCGAAGUUGUUCCAUAUAUCAUCCAAACCACCACACAAUUUUGUUUUUCCCCACGCUUGGGAAAUGAUAAAGAAUGACCCAAAGUGGAGGCCGAAACUCAGAUGGGCAUUGUCAAUAAAGGAACGACAGGAUUGUCAACUGCGUUCGGAAGGGGACACCGAGGAUAGCAAUGGAAGUGGAAAGAGAUCGAGAACUGACAGUGAAGCUGAAGGAGAUGUUCCCGUUGGUGGGUUUUCAUCAGGAGGUAUACCCAGACCCGACGGGGUAAAAAAAGCAAAGGCUAAGCGUAAGGGAAAAGCUACUGCUCAUGAUAGUGCAAUUUUAAGUAUUGGUGAACAGAUACAGGCUUGUACUGAAGUUAGAAGCUUUGAGGCAAAUUUACGGCAACAAAGGUUGGACCUUGAAAGGGAAAAGGAAAAGAGGAAAAACAAACAGGUCGAAUUACAAGAGAAGAAGAUGAAAUUUGAUAUGUUGCAAGCCAUUAUGUCAAAAACGACGCCACUUACACCAGCUGAAGAAGCGUGGAAGGAGGAACUAAUUCAAGAAGUGUAUGGUGUAAAGUAG